UAAAACCAUCAUCCAGAGUCAUGGUCAUUUUACAGCAGGGGGACUAUGUCUGGCUGGACCUGAAGACGGGUCGGGAGUUUGUGGUCCCGAUCGGCGCCGUGGUCAAACUAUGUGACUCUGGUCAGAUCCAGGUCUUAGACGACGAGGGCAAUGAACACUGGAUCUCCCCCCAGAAUGCCACCAACAUCAAGCCCAUGCACCCCACCUCAAUCCACGGGGUGGAGGACAUGAUCCGCCUGGGCGACCUCAACGAGGCCGGCAUCCUCCGGAACCUGCUCAUCCGCUACACGGAGAGACUCAUAUAUACCUACACAGGGUCCAUCCUGGUGGCAGUGAACCCCUACCAGGUGCUUCCCAUCUACACAGCUGAUCAGAUCAGACUGUACACCAACAAGAAGAUAGGAGAGAUGCCACCACACAUCUUCGCCAUCGCAGACAACUGCUACUUCAACAUGCAGAGGAACAACAGAGACCAGUGCUGCAUCAUCAGUGGAGAGUCAGGAGCUGGGAAGACUGAGAGCACCAAGCUGAUUCUGCAGUUCCUAGCAGCCAUCAGUGGACAACACUCCUGGAUAGAACAACAGGUGCUGGAGGCCAACCCUAUACUAGAGGCCUUUGGGAACGCUAAAACCGUCCGUAACGACAACUCCUCUCGCUUCGGGAAGUACAUCGACAUCCACUUCAACAAGAGAGGAGCCAUCGAGGGAGCCAAGAUAGAGCAGUACCUGCUGGAGAAGUCCAGGGUCUGCAGACAGGCUCGUGAUGAGAGGAACUACCACAUCUUCUACUGCAUGUUGAAGGGCAUGACGCCUGACCAGAAGAAGAAACUCGGGCUGGCCAAAGCCACGGACUACACCUACCUGACCAUAGGUAACUGCACGGUGUGUGAUGGGCGGGACGACCUGAAAGAGUAUUCCAACAUCCGCUCAGCGAUGAAGGUGCUGAUGUUCACCGACACGGAGAACUGGGAGAUCUCCAAACUGCUGGCCUCCAUCCUGCACAUGGGCAACCUGCGCUAUGAGGUGUCUCGUACCUAUGACAACCUAGAUGCCUGUGAGGUGGUGCGUGGCCCGCAGCUCAUCACUGCAGCCACCCUUCUGGAGGUGGAUGCUAAGGACCUGAUGAACUGUCUGACCAGUAGGACUCUAAUCACCAGAGGAGAGACUGUCUCCACCCCUCUGAGCAUGGAGCAAGCUCUGGAUGUACGGGAUGCCUUUGUCAAGGGUAUCUAUGGGCGUCUGUUUGUGUGGAUCGUAGAGAAGAUCAACGCGGCCAUCUACAAGCCUCCGUCCCACGAGCCCAAAUCUCUGAGACGUUCCAUCGGCCUGCUGGAUAUCUUUGGCUUCGAGAAUUUCACCGUUAAUAGUUUUGAGCAGCUGUGCAUCAACUUCGCCAACGAGAACCUGCAGCAGUUCUUUGUGCGUCACGUGUUCAAGCUGGAGCAGGAGGAGUAUAACCUGGAGCACAUCAACUGGCAGCACAUCGAGUUCACCGACAACCAGGACGCCCUAGACAUGAUUGCCUCAAAGCCCAUGAACAUCAUCUCCCUCAUCGACGAGGAGAGCAAGUUCCCCAAGGGUACAGACACCACUAUGUUGAAUAAGCUGAACUCACAGCAUAAGCUCAACACAAACUACAUCCCCCCAAAGAACACGUACGAGACUCAAUUUGGUAUCCAGCACUUUGCUGGAGUCGUCUACUAUGAGACACGAGGUUUCCUGGAGAAGAACAGAGACAGUUUGCAUGGUGACAUCAUCCAGUUGGUCCACUCCUCCAAGAACAAAUUCAUCAAGCAGAUAUUCCAGGCCGACGUUGCCAUGGGGGCGGAGACCAGGAAGCGUUCCCCCACACUCAGCAGCCAGUUCAAGCGCUCUCUGGAGCUGCUCAUGAGAACCCUCAGUGUGUGCCAGCCCUUCUUCGUACGCUGCAUCAAGCCCAAUGAGUUCAAGAAACCCAUGCUGUUUGACCGGGAGCUGUGCGUGCGCCAGCUACGGUAUUCUGGGAUGAUGGAGACCAUUCGCAUCCGCCGCGCCGGCUACCCCAUCCGCUACACCUUCGUGGAGUUUGUAGACCGUUACCGGGUCCUCAUGCCUGGAGUCAAACCAGCUUACAAGCAG